AUGGUCCAUGCUGGCCGUCGCCGAUUUACGAGGAUGAUCUACGAUUCGACGGUGUCCAGGAGGGCGCUUCGUCGCGGCGUACGGCUCCGGGGCCCCGUGGAGGGCACCCUGGUCGUCGAGACGCUCCUUCUCGGGGACCUCGCGCUGAGGUCGAGCUAG